AACCACUUCCGGGGCGGGAGCUGGGCCGCGGUGUCUGGUCUCGGCGGCACCCGGCGUGGAGGGGUCUCAGGCGCGUGCGGAGAACAGGGUGCCCCGCCGAAGGAGAGCGGCAGCGAGCGGACGCGGCUUUGGCGGCGGCAGCGGGCCAAAGGAGGUCCAGGGCCGAAAGUCCAGCCUAGAUCCUUUCUUCGUAAGCUCUUUGAGCAGAGUCUGAUUCUGAUUGUCACUGCGCACUCUUCAGGGUGUCAAACAGAACCACCAGAAAAGAAAGACCUAACCCUCCACAGUAAUGUCGGAGCUCAGCGAUGAAGCCAGUGAGCCAGAACUCCUGACUCGCAGCUUGUCCAUGUGGCACGGGCUGGGUGCACAGGUCAACUGGGAGGAGUUGGCUGUCCCCUUGGAUCUCCACACAGCAGCUUCCAUCGGCCAGUAUGAAGUGGUGAAGGAAUGUGUGCAGCGGAGAGAGUUAGAUUUGAAUAAGAAGAAUGGUGGUGGCUGGACCCCGCUGAUGUAUGCCUCCUACAUUGGACACGAUACCAUCGUGCACCUGCUGCUCGAGGCGGGGGUGAGUGUGAAUGUGCCGACCCCAGAAGGGCAGACUCCACUGAUGCUGGCUUCCAGCUGUGGCAACGAGAGCAUCGCCUACUUUCUCCUCCAGCAAGGUGCUGAGCUAGAAAUGAAGGACAUUCAAGGCUGGACCGCACUCUUCCACUGCACCAGUGCAGGACAUCAGCAGAUGGUGAAGUUCCUUUUGGACAGUGGGGCAAAUGCCAACGUGAGGGAACCAAUAUAUGGAUUCACUCCUUUGAUGGAAGCAGCUGCGGCUGGCCAUGAAAUAAUUGUGCAGUAUUUUCUGAAUCACGGAGUCAAAGUGGACACGAGAGACCACAGUGGAGCCACAGCCCGAAUGCUGGCCAAGCAGUAUGGACACAUGAAGAUAGUGGGGCUGAUAGAUGCUCACUCACUUUCUUUGCCCAAGAGCCUCUAUCGGAGCCCAGAAAAAUAUGAAGAUCUGAGCUCUUCAGAUGAAUCCUGCCCUGUUCCUCAGAGACAGAGGCCCUGUCGGAAGAAGGGCCUCAGCAUCCAUGAGGGGCCUCGGGCCUUGGCCAGGAUCACAGCUAUUGGACUUGGGGGCAAGACCCAGCCUUCUUGCUAUGAGCAGGUGCCUCCACAGGGCUAUGUCACCUUUAACAGCAGUGAUGAGAACCUCCUGGUAGGGGAAGGUCUCUGCUACAGGGAUGUCACCUCCCCCAUCAACGAUCGGGAUGUGGAGAGCAGCAGCAGCAGCAGCCGGGAAGAGCAGGCCUUUUGUGCUCACCUCGGGGCUGUGCGGAGCAGCAGCAGCAGCGAGGGCCUGGCAAGAGCCCCAGGAGUCAGCAGCGAGGCCUCUUUGGAGAGCAAUGAGGAUUCAGAUAAUGCACGUAAAAGCUCAGUUCGCAAACAAGCAAAAAGUUAUAUGAAGAUCAAGAAUCGCCACAGCAACAGUGAAAACCAGUGGCCUCCCAGCACAGGGACGUCUGGGGCAGCCUGUCCUCCAGGAUCUGUCCCCCAGACCGAGAGGUUUCCCUAUUCGGGACCCCAGGACCUUGCCACACUACUGGAACAAAUCGGGUGUCUGAAGUACCUGCAGCUGUUCGAGGAACAGGAUGUGGACCUUCGAAUCUUCCUGACCCUCACUGAGAGUGACCUGAAGGAAAUUGGCGUCACAUUGUUUGGACCCAAGAGGAAGAUGACUUCUGCCAUUGCCCGCUGGCACAGCAGCGCCCGCCCCCCCAGUGAUGCCCUGGAGCUAGCCUAUGCCGACAGGCUGGAAGCUGAGAUGCAGGAGCUUGCCAUCCAGCUGCACAAACGCUGUGAGGAGGUAGAGGCCAUGAAGGGCCAGGUGUCCCAGGAGCAGGAGCUGCGGGCUGUGGUGGAGAGCUGCCUCCUGGAGCAGGAUGGCACCCGCAAAGAUGUCUUUGCCCAGCUGCAAGAGACCUGGGCCCUGGCUCGGGAUGCUGCUCUCAUCCUAGACCAGCUGCGAGCCUGUCAGGCUGAGCUGUCAGCCCGAGUGAGGCGAGAUGAGUUUCCUCUCGGGGCCACCCUGGGCCCAGCCCUCCCCACAGCUGAUUCCAAAGACCGGCAGGCCUCCCUGCAAGCCCUGAGCCUCCCUGAGCUGUCACAAUUGUUGGAGGAUCGAGUCCACGAAAUGGGGCGAGUGCUGUGCUCAGUGACCCAGGGCCUGGAGAAGCUGCAGGUGCUGAAUGGGAAAGAGAACUGGCGGGAACCUUAGCUUGAGGGAUGAAUCUGACGUUGGGUGACUGAUCCACCCUGAAGCUGUGUGCCCGGAAAACAGGGCAGUGAGCAGGCAGUUGCAGCAGCCUGGGCCCCAACCGCGGCCAGAGGAUCGGCCCCCAGGAACAGCUAGCAGAGGCAGGACCAGGCUGUGGCCCGUGCCAGACAGCAAGGCCCCUGUGGUGGCAAGACAAGGGCCUCGUCCAGAGCGUGGUGGUAAGGCCCAGAGCAGACAGGACCUUAGGGAGAGAGCGUGUCCCCAUGCACCGUAGGCACACACUCAGGUUUGCCCUGAUGGGUGAUGACUGGGCACCUGGGCAGCAUAUGUCAUUUGCUGGAAAUAAAAUUUAAGAUCA